AUGGACAAAGUGAGGGGGCCCUCUCAGUACAACCAGUUCGCCCAAAAGCCAGCGACGACGAAUGCCCAGUACGGUUACCUUGUCCAGCAGGAGAUUGAACAGAAGAAGUUGAUGAAGAAGGCUGCUGACCUGGGAUGCAUUGACGAGCAGAAAAAGUCCCAGGAGACGGUUUACUGCAAACCCUGGCAUAAAUCCAACGAGGUGGUAACCACGGGUCGACGGGUGGACUACUUUAUCGCUCCCAAACUGAAGAGUGGCUACAACAAGCCCUACGUCCCACAGUGUAAUCAGAGGAAACCCUGA